AUGGGUGGGAGCUCAGCUCUAGGGCUCAUGCGCCGCGGUCAAUCUUCUAAAUGGAGUUUGUCUACAUACUGUAUAGUGAGAAGUACAAAGUAUUUUGAAAUCAUGGAGGCGGGCGAUUUUAAGGAUUUUGCUAAAGCGAUGACAGAUUACGUUGCAGAAUAUUUGGAAAAUAUAAGAGAUAGACAAGUCGUACCCUCUGUUAAACCUGGCUACUUACGACCACUAGUUCCCGAACAGGCUCCUCAACAGCCUGAGCCCUGGACCGCGGUCAUGGCAGACAUAGAGCGUGUUGUUAUGUCCGGAGUAACACACUGGCACUCCCCUCGGUUCCACGCAUACUUCCCUACUGCGAAUUCGUAUCCAGCUAUUGUAGCUGAUAUGCUGAGCGGUGCAAUCGCUUGUAUUGGCUUUACAUGGAUUGCAAGCCCCGCAUGCACGGAACUGGAGGUAGUAAUGCUGGAUUGGUUGGGUCAGAUGCUCGGUCUACCCGAACAAUUUUUAGCCCGAUCUGGAGGCGAAGCCGGUGGUGUCAUUCAAGGCACCGCAAGUGAGGCUACGUUAGUUGCCCUACUCGGGGCGAAGGCGCGCAUAAUGCAACGAGUAAAAGAACAACACCCUGAAUGGACUGACACUGAAAUUAUAUCCAAACUCGUGGCUUAUUGUAACAAGCAAGCCCAUUCGUCGGUUGAACGGGCUGGUCUUUUGGGGGGAGUGAAGAUGCGCGCUUUGAAGCCUGAUAAUAAGAGACGACUACGUGGCGACAUCUUGCAGGAAGCUAUGGAUGAAGACAUUAAGAAGGGACUUAUACCUUUUUAUGUUGUAGCCACACUUGGAACCACAUCAUCGUGUACGUUUGAUGCUCUUGACGAAAUAGGCGACGUUUGCAUGUCUCGAAACAUUUGGCUACAUGUUGAUGCUGCCUACGCUGGCUCAGCUUUCAUUUGUCCAGAAUACCGUUAUCUUAUGAAAGGUGUAGAAAAAGCGGAUUCUUUCAAUUUCAACCCGCAUAAAUGGAUGCUUGUUAACUUCGAUUGUUCAGCGAUGUGGCUUAAACAACCCCGGUGGAUUGUCGACGCGUUUAAUGUUGAUCCAUUGUAUUUAAAACAUGACCAGCAAGGUUCAGCACCGGAUUAUCGCCAUUGGCAAAUUCCAUUGGGGCGUCGUUUCAGAGCAUUAAAAUUAUGGUUUGUACUGAGAUUAUACGGCGUUGAAAACCUACAGAAGCACAUCAGGAAGCACAUUGCGCUUGCUCACCUCUUUGAAAAGUUAUGUACAUCUGACGAAAGAUUUGAAAUAGUUGAAGAAGUGACUAUGGGACUUGUUUGCUUUAGACUGAAAGGAAGUAACGAGAUUAACGAAGAAUUGUUGAGGCGCAUAAACGGCCGAGGAAAAAUUCAUCUGGUACCUUCUAAGAUUGACGAUGUUUAUUUCUUAAGAUUAGCCAUUUGUUCGCGUUUCUCUGAAGAAAGUGAUAUUCAUAUAUCGUGGGAAGAAGUGAAAAUCUCUGCCGACGAAGUACUAGCUCAAAAACCCGGAGGACGUAUUCAUUCAUGUUGGCUUGGAGAUGCGGUUAUAGAAUUGGGAGCAGAGUGGAUCCAUGGUGCUUGUUUGCCAAAUUCUGUAUACACUUUAGCUUCCCAGGAUCGGUUGUUACAAGCACCCUUAAAUCGUCUAGAUGCGUCGCGCGGCUUAUUUUGUACAAGUGAAGGUCGUGCUGUAGAUUUACCUGUAACAAUAACUGCAUAUCACACAUUUCGGCAAAUAGAACAGCAAGCUGCGAAUUUAUUUCGUCUAGGCGGUGAAAAGAUGCAUGGCACGUUGCUCAAUUUUAUUGGCCUACGUAUACAGCAGGAGCUAUACAACUUUCCUGAAGAACAAAGGUACGAUGCCGCACGAGUUAUGUUUGGCUUAACUAAUAUUUUAAGAAACAGAUGCGGUGACGACUUGUCUCUUGUUAGUGCUGACCAAUAUGGCAGUUAUAUUGAGUUACCUGGUGGAAGUGUUCGCGUACCACUAGGUUAUGUUGGAGUAUUAGCUCCGUUACUGCGUGGGCUACCGGAUAACAGUGUUAGAUAUAAUAAAGCAGUGAAUGUUAUACGUUGGGGUCGUGGAAAAGCAGGCUCUGGUCGCGCGCUAGUUAAGUGUUGCGAUGGGGAGGAAAUCACGUCGGACUAUGUUAUAGUAACGAUGUCGCUUGGAUGUCUCAAAUGCCAAGCUGACAAACUAUUUUCUCCGCCACUUCCUUCAUGCAAAUUAGAUGCAAUAUGCAAUUUGGGAUUUGGACUCAGCGAUAAGGUAUUUUUCGAAUACAGAGAACCUUUUUGGGUGUGCAACGAGGGUAACUUAAAAAUGGCUUGGUCAGCUGAAGAACUACAAAGCAGAAACGAUUGGACUAGCGGUGUUUGUGCAGUUGACGAAAUGCCUGGCAGCAAGCAUGUGUUAUGUGCUUGGCUUUCUGGACAAGAAGCAGCCAAAAUGGAAUUAAUGGCUGAUAAUGAUGUCGCUGAGGGAUUGACCAAGCUCCUGCGUCGUUUUACUGGAAAUCCUUGUCUCCCAUAUCCGCGUAUGAUGUUACGUUCUCGAUGGGCCUCUGACCCACAUUUCUGUGGAGCGUAUUCUUAUAUGAGCUGUUGCUCUAGUGUAAGCCAUCAGUGUGAACUAGGCACUCCAGUACCAGGACCCUGCGACCCACAGCCUCCGAUAUUGCUCUUUGCAGGCGAGGCAACAAUUCCUGGAUACUUCGCAACGGCACAUGGCGCUAGACUAAGUGGAAUUCGUGAAGCAGAACGCAUAAUACAAUUAACUAAAAAAUUCGAAGGUCCACCUCACUGA